AUGAAGAUCGUCUUAGCUGGAAUCUUGGUGGCAGCCUGCCUUUUUCUGGAAGCUAGCGAAGGAUCAGCAUCCUUACUUGAAGAAAAUUGUGGAACUACGAAACGUCCUUUAAGAGUUCGGCGGGUAGUUGGAGGCGUUGCUGCUGAAAGAUUCGCGAAUCCUUGGAUGGUGAUGGUGUUCUCUGAAAAACGUUUCCUGUGCGGCGGCUCGCUUAUCACCUCUCGCUUCGUUCUGACAGCAGCAAAUUGCCUUUCUGAACUUCCGAUCAGUAAGGUGCGUCUUGGCGGAUUCGACAUGGAUAUCAGCGAAAACACGUAUGAGGUUAACAUCGAUCGGAAUAUUUCUCAUCCACAAUUCGCAUUAUCCACACCUAAGUAUGACAUAGCUCUUCUUCGAAUGGCUCAAGAAGUUUCGUUUUCAGACUACAUAAGGCCAAUCUGUCUGCUCGUCAAUCAAAAAGUGCCAAACACUAAUCCAAAUUUUAAGCUUACCGGAUGGGGUAAAACCAAAGACCAUAGAACAAAUAUGGUCUUAGGUAAAAUUAAUAGUGGUGAAAUGAGCAGGAUUCUACAGACGACCAAUUUACAAAUUGCCGAUCUUUCCUUUUGCAACCGAAAAGGUUACAAUCUAGCUGAUCAAUCCCAUAUCUGUGCCGGCAGUUCAACCAGCGAUGCAUGUCAUGGGGACGGGGGAUCCCCGUUGAGCGCAGAGCUAAAUUACGAGGGAGCUAUAAGAGAAUUCCAAUUCGGUAUUGUCAGCUACGGAUCCACGUCCUGUAAUGACUAUGGUGUUUACACAAACGUUACGCAUUACAUGGAUUGGAUUAAAGAUACCAUUCACGCUAAUUCAGUUUAAAAUAAUGGACCCAGACUAAAUAUUUGGUAUCCAACUAAAUCGGUUUAUCAUAAAAUAAAUCACAUUAAA